AUGAAAAAGAGUAGUUUCAAACCAUUUGAUAAUAAUAAUAAUAAUAAUCACAACACAGCAACAAUGUCACCUAAAUCAAAGAAAAGAGAUUUUUCUAUAGUAUCAGCAUCACCAAUGCAACCUGCCACUCAAACACCAUUGAGAGCAUCGUCAACAGCUACAACCAAGACCAAGAAAAAUAUUUUGAAUAACCAUCAGAAUCAAAAUAAUCAGAAUCAUCAACAGAAUAAUGGAUCACCAUCAACAUCUAUUAAAUCACCAAGACCAUCUGUAGUCAAUAAUAAUAAUCAAAGUAAUUUAAAUCAAUCUACCAAUUUGUUGCGUGACCAAAAUAAUAAUCAAAAGUCAUCAACCAUUAAAAAACAACAAUUAUCUGGAAUACUCACCGAUCAACAUCAUCAUGAAGUAAUAGAACCAAUGAAAGUGUAUUUACGUAUUCGUCCAAUGUCAUCGGAUGAAACCAAAUCCAAAGAAACCAAUAGUUUUAGUGUCAACUCUAAAUCAACUGUCACCAUUAAAUCUUUCAACAAAGAUAAAAUUGGUUCAAAUGAAUCUGAGGGUAAAUUUGGUUUUACUCAUGUAUUCCCUGAUAAUACAACUCAAUUAUCUGUAUUUAAGAAUGUUACAUCACCAUUAAUUAAAUCAUUUCUACAAGGACAUAAUAUAUUAUUAUUGGCAUAUGGUGUAACCAAUGCAGGUAAGACAUAUACUAUAUCUGGUACAUCUAAACAACCAGGUAUUGUACCACGUACCUUGGAAGAGGUAUUUUUAAAUAUACCAAAACAUUGUAUCAAGAAAAAUGAAGAUGUUAUGGAUUCAAGUGAUCAAGAUGAUGAUCAAGAUGAUGAAGAUUAUGAUGAUAGUGACCAAGAUGAAGAAGAUGAUGAUGAAUCUACAUCUGAUCAAGAUGCAAGUGAUCAAGAUGAAGAAAUGUCAAGUAGUGUCGAACAAGAGACAACAACCACCGACGCAUCACUUGAAGAUCAUUCUUCUUCUUAUGAUUCAAGUUUAGAACAACAACAAAAGAAAAAGAAGAAAAAAUCAACUGUCAACCAAUCCAACAACAACCAAUCCAACAAUUCAUCAUUUAAUAAUUCCAAUAUGUUAUCAGAUAAAUUUAAAUAUUCAGUUUGGGUAUCAUAUUAUGAAAUCUAUAAAGAUCAAAUUUAUGAUCUUUUAGAUACCAAACCAACUAAACAGAAACCAGCAUUGAAAUUGGAGACAAAUAAUGGUGAGAGUACUGUUAAAGAUCUUAAACAAAUGUUGGCUGGUUCGUUGGAAGAAGCGAUGGAAGUGGUUGAACAAGGACUGCAAGCUCGUCGUGUAGGAGAUACCAAGCUCAAUAGUGCUUCCAGUCGUAGUCACUCUGUAUUGACUGUCAAGUUGGUUAGUUAUCCAGGUGAUCGUCCACGCUCUGAAGUACAUCCAUCGAUGAUCAAGUGUUCCCGUUUGACUAUUAUCGAUUUGGCUGGUAGUGAACGAUCAAAACGUACAGAUGCCGCCGGUGAAAGAUUCAAAGAGGCUACCAAUAUCAACUCUUCUCUUUUAUCACUUGGUCGUUGUAUGGAAGUGAUCAGACAAAAGGGUGUACCUGCUUGGCGUGAAUCUAAACUUACCCGUAUCUGUCAAGAGUACUUUGUCAAUAAUGGUCGUGUCUCUAUGAUUGUCAAUGUCAGUCCAACCUCUAGUGACUCUGAAGAAACAUUACAUGUACUCAAAUUCUCUGCCACCGCCAAGGAAAUCACUACUCAAAGUAAAGUUGAUAGUGGUCGUAAUCAACUUCCUCCACCAUCCAACAACAACAACAACACAACAUUAAAUUCAACUCUUAAAAAUAGUGGUAGUCAUAAUGUAUUGUUAAAUUCAACUAAAAAGAGAAAACAAGAUGAAGAAUUGACAGCAGCAGCAUCUAAUAAUAAUCAAAAUAAUCAAAAUAAUAAUAAUGUUUCAUCCAUUUCCAUUAAAAUAAUUGAACAACAACAACAAAGAAGAAAGAAAUUAAAUGAUCCACAAGUUAUCAAUGCACCAAUUCGAGUGGAUUAUUUGUCAAUGGAAAAGGAUCAACUUUUAGAUCAAAUUACAAAGUAUCAUGCCAAACUACGUUCAUCUGAAUUAAAGACAGCAGAGACAGAGGCCAAUACUAGAGAAUCUAUGACUAAAGAGGUUGCCCAAACAAUGAUGGAGAUGGAGUUGGUAUUUAAGAAUCGUCUGGCCAAUGAAGCUCGUUUAAUGGAAGACCGUUUCCAACACAAAUUGAAUAUCUUUAAGAGAUUCCAAGAACAACAACAACAACACUAUGAAACCAAGUUGGAUAGUCUCCAACAAGAGAAUGCCAACCUUUCAAAGAACCAACGAUCGGGUGUCGACGAGAACGAAUGGAUCAUACGUUUGGAUCAAGUAAAGGUGGAACGAGACAAUUACCAACAGAAAAUCAAUGAAAUGUUGGAGCAGUUGGAGAAAAAGUCAAAGCAAGGUGAUGAAGCCAUUCAUCAAAUACUCCAUCUCAGAGAGAAGCUUCGUGAAGUCGAGGAAGACAAUAACCUGCUCAUGGCAGAGAUUCAAAGAUUCUCUGAACAAGGAACUGCAUUGGCUGCUCGUCGUGAUGUUGAAUUUGCCGAAAUGAAGGUCUAUAUGGAACUAGAGUUGAAACAAAACAAAGAAUCAUCACGUCUAGAAAUUGAAAGUCUCAAUGCACAGUUGGCAAGUGAAAGAAGAGAAAAGUGCAAGUUACAAGAAGAGUUGAUGAUGUGGAAACAAAAGGCAGAGGAAAACACCUCAUUCUUGAAUGACUCUUUCCACAAGGAGCAUAAAGAACAUGGUCACAAAGACUCUCACAUCAAACAUAAUCUUCAACACUUGUCACCCUUUAAAAAUAUUAAACUUGUCACACCUCACAAAACUAAAAACUAUGGCAAGGUUGCUAUCCUACAAGAGGGUACCGAUGCAAAUACCAUCUACAAGGGUGAUAUUGAAAAGUCUGUCACUGGUCAUGGUUUAUCGGUUCGAUUCACCGAUACUGAAACAUUACAACAUAAUCCAAAUAAUAAUGUUGUUACUGUUUCAAGUGCUACUCUUGGUAAUACUCCUCAACAACCACAACAACCAUCUACCCCUCAACAAAUGUCACACCAUCCAUCAUUACAACAACAAUAUUCUACCUCUUCAUUGGCAACUACACAUAGUCGUGCAUCAAUGAUAUCAUCAUAUUAUGGUAGUGAUAGUCCUGCUAGAACGGCUACUGCUGCAACUGCAACUGCUCCAGGAACACCAACUGCCAGUGUCAAUGGAUGGACACCUGAAAAGGGUCAUAACCUCAAUGACAGUACUAUGGACGGUGGUGGUCUCCUCAUGAAGGAACUCGAUGGCGACGAUAUUGAUGUCAUGUUGGGUGGCCAAGACGACGACUUUGAAGAUAUUGAUAUGACCGAUAUGCGUGACAAGCAUCAUCACCACCAGGCCAACAUGGCCAAGGAAAAGAAGGAAAAGCAUCUCUCUGGUGUCUCCAAGAAAUUAAUCACAAAGACUAGAGAUAUGAUUUCUCAGAGUAGUCUUCACAUACCAACUGUCUCUUCUGCCAAGGACAAGGAACAAAAACUACGUGAACAAAAGGAAAAGGAACAAAAAGAGAUGGAAAAGGAAAAGGAAAAGAUGGUUGCCAAGGAAAAGGAAAGAUUGGACAAGGAACGAUUGGACAAGGAAAAGGAAAAGGAAAAGGCUGAAAAAGAAAGAGAAAAGGAAGUUAGAAAAUCUGGUAUCAUCUCGGCCAAACAAGUCAAAGAGCUGGAAAAGAUGAGAGAAAAGGAGAAAUUGGACAAGGAAAAGGCUGAAAAGGAAAAGGAAAGACAAGCCAAAAAGAAUCUUAUUGCAAGAAAGACUGCUUUUCUCAAUGCUCAACAAACACCACCAGUAGCCUCUGCUGCUACCACUCCCUCCAAACCAAAGGUUGGCACAUCAGCCGCCACCAAAUCAUCUUGGAUUGUUGAAACACCCAAAAAGAUUGUAUCCAAUCUCAUCAACAAGACACCAUCCAAAGGUGCUGCUGCCUCCUCCUAUUUACCUCAAACUCCAGCUCAUAUGAUUCAUCAUCCAACUGCACCAUGUCAAUCCAACAGUUCUCCACAACUCUUAUCACCACCUUCCCCAACAGCUACAUCUUCAUCACCUAUAAGACACAACAAUAACGGUAACAAUGGAAACAGACAACACUAUGUCGAACGUAUUAAUAGUAGUCCAUCAAAGUUGGUAAAGACUACUACUACUACCACGACUACGACAACAUCUACCGAGGUUAUCAAUCCAACCAAACGUAGAUUGGCAUCCAAACAAUCAUUGGCACCAAUCAUGUUGGAAGAACCAUUUAUUGAUAAUGAUAAUCAAUCAUCAAAAAUUGAUUCCAUUACAUCAUCUUGCUCUUCACUUUCAAAACCAACAUCAUCUUCUUCUGCCAAAGCUGUCGCACCCCAAACUACUCAAGUCGUACAACAAUAUGGACUAAGAAGCAGAAAUGAUAUUAAAAAGGUUAUUAAAGGUUUACAUAAAUAA